AUGGAGAUCGUUAACAUUUUCAUGCAGAGGGCUAGCGAGUCGGGGAUUUUUCAAGGCUGUAAUCUCCCGAACAAUGGCCCUAGAAUAUCUCAUCUUUGCUACGCGGACGAUGUUAUCUUCAUCGGAGCUUGGUCGAGUAACAAUAUUCUGGCUUUGAAUCGGAUUUUGAGGUGGUUGUGCUUGGUCUCUGGCCUCAAGGUCAACCGGAAUAAAUGUCAUCUUUACGGUGUUGGAGUUCCUCAGGCUGAGGUUGCCCGUUUAGCAGCCCUUGCAAACUGCUCAGCGGGGUCUCUUCCUUUUCUUCACUUGGGAGUGCCUAUUGGUGUCAACAUGAAGCGGGCUAGGUACUGGAAGCCGGUGCUCGAUAAAUUUUCUUCCAAAUUGUACAAGUGGAAAGCUCGACACCUCUCGUUUGCGGGUCGUAUGACGUUAGCCAAAUCGGUCCUCGGGAGUCUCCCGUCAUAUUAUCUCUCUUUGUUUGCCGCUCCUAAAUGUGUGCUAAAGAGUAUGAAGAAGAUACGAAGAGACUUCAUUUGGGGCAAGUCUUCUACGGGUCACAAGAUGAGAUGGAUAAGAUGGGAGUCGUUGGUGAAAGCAAAAAAAUUCGGGGGGAUGGGUCUCGGGGCUGUUCAAGGUUUCAACCUUGCCAUGCUUUCUAAAUGGUGGUGGAGGUUCAAGGCGUCCCCCAAUGAGCUAUGGGCAAAAGUGGUGACCGCGAUCCAUCACUCCAAUAGUUCUAAUUCCCCUCCGAACUUCGUUCCGCUGAAAAAAUCUAUCACCGGUGUCUGGAAGGAUGUCGUUUCAGUUGAAGCAGCUUUCGCCAGUCGCGGUGUCAGUUUAUCGGCAAACAUCGUGCCUGCUGGAGAUAGCUGGAAAUGGAGUUCCGACCCCAAUGGGUCGUUCUCGGUCAAACAGGUCCGCCUCGACCUUGAUUCGGCUGACGCGACUUCUGGCAGCGAGAGUUUUGUUUAUGAUUGGAAUCCUUGGGCUACUCCUAAAGCUAACUACCUUCUGUGGAGGGCCAUGACCGGUAAAAUAGCGUCAAAAGUGGGGCUGCAUAUCAGAGGGAUUCCUCUCGGUGACACCUGCUGUUCUCGGUGUGGCUGCGAAGAGGAGGACCCGGACCAUAUUUUUGUAAGGUGUCUUUGGGCCAGGUGCAUCUGGUGGAACGUGUUAGUUUGGAUGAGGGUUCCUUAUCCGGCUAAUAUUUCGAACCUGAAGGAGCUGAUCGACUUCAUCAAGAAUCAGCCGGGUGGUAAGGUUUGGAAACGUAUCGUUUAUUUGGUCGCUUUGGCAACGGUUUGGAGUAUUUGGAGAGCCAGGAACGAGAAGGUUUUUGAAGACCGUUUCAUCCCUAUCCUUCUUUCGGUCGAGCAGGCUAAGGAGGACGCUUUUCUUUGGGUAUGCAACCGGACAAACCUUAAGAAGAUCUGCUGGGAAAAAUGGAAAGACUUUGAUCUUUUAGAUUUGUUGUAA